AUGCAAGUUACAAUGUAACACAUCAAAAAAAUUCUCCUUUCACUUGUUUCUUCAAUUCUAGCAAAAAUGAGAAACUAUUUUCAAUUACUUUUCUUCACCCUAUUCCUUCUAUUGGGCCAAUCCAGACCCGACCCUGACCCGCUUCAAGAUUACUGUGUUGCUGAUAACAAAGGUGAAUUUUUCCUUAAUGGGGUGCCCUGUAUCAACCCAGAUAAAGUUACAGCGUCGAAUUUUGUGACUUCUGCUUUGUCUAAGAGUGGUAACACUAGUAACAUAUUUGGCUUCAGUGUCAUAGCCACCAACACUGUUAAUCUUCCUGGGCUUAACACAUUGGGCCUGGUGUUGGCCCGGGUUGAUAUAGCGGCGAAUGGGAUCGUGCCACCUCACUCCCACCCGCGGGCCUCCGAAGUGGUCACUUGCCUCAAGGGCCAGCUUCUUGUGGGCUUUAUUGACACAAAUAACCGUGUGUUUACCCAGAACCUGAAGCCCGGUGAGUCUUUUGUGUUCCCAAAGGGCCUGAUACAUUUCUUGUCCAACAAUGCGUUAAGGGAACCAGCACUAGCGCUUUCUGGUUUAAAUAGCCAGAACCCAGGUACUCAAAUAGCAUCACUUGCAACAUUUGCCAGCAAGCCUGAAAUUUUUGAUGAAAUUCUCAAGAAGGGUUUCCAAAUUACUGGCAGAGAAGUAGAAACAAUUCGUAGAAACCUUGGGGGAUGAUUAAUUGAUUAUGCUGGUGAUGGAGGUGAUCCAGUUAUUGUCACUAAUAAUAUCCUUAAUUUCUUAUUGCAUUUUGCUUGGGAUUCUAGGUGGGAACAUGGUGUUAGAUUCACAUAUUUAAAAUGAACAGAAAAAGACAUCGAAACAGUCAUGUUACAACAUUACAUGUUUAAUAAUCAAAUUAAAAUCAGAUGGCUGAUCUGAGAGUCAUGUAUUGAAUAUUA